CUGGAUAAAGCGACGCCGAUCAGCACUCAAGCUCGGCGCCACGAUUUUAGAAGGAGCCGGAGAUCAGUAUAAUAUGAUGCUCGGUGUAUUGUGGAAGUAUCGAAAAUGACGUCGUGUUUUAAUUAUUUCUUCGCUGCUCUCUGCCUCUUUUAUAUAGCUGCUUUUUCUACCGCGAUUUAUAAUCCAAGAUUAACAACUACAAAACCGCCAGAACGUCGUGAAUUAGUACUUCCUUGGCAUUCAACUGAGAAAAUACACUCGCGUGUUCAAACAACAUCUCCUUUUCCAAUAUGGCAUCAAUUGUGGGAUAAUAUUACAUCCAAAUCUGGCACAAAGAAUUGGAGCCCUUGGCGGAAGACUUCGGGUAGUGAAAUUGAACAAAGAACGCAAAUUGAUAUUCCCGAACAGAUUUCUGAAAAAGUUCCAGAACAACAGCGUAAUUUCAAAUUUGAUAAAUUGGAACAGCAAGAAAGUCUGAAAUUUCCUUUUCAGUACGAAGAUUUUACAGAAUUUGAUAAAAAUUACGGAUACUUUAAGAAUGAAUCAAAAUAUGGAAAUCGCAUUCGGCCUCAAAACGAGAUUGAUUUUGAACAUAAAUCAUUGAAAAAUGAUGAGAACAAAAAAAUGCAGAUAGAAUUUGAGAAUGAAGAUUUGUAUGAAGGUGUAGAUAUUGACAGCACGAAACCACGAAAAGGAAAUUUACUUCUUUCACGAAAAUCGCAGCACAAAAUAGCCCGAUAUAAUCCUCGAUUAGGUGUUGAAUGUCCUGACAACAAUUCCACAGGGCAAUUUGUUUAUCCACCAGAUUGUAAAUUCUUCGUCAAUUGUUGGAAGGGUCGUGCAUUUGUUCAACCUUGUGCUCCAGGCACUCAUUUUAAUCCUGAUACUUUGGAAUGUGAUUUUCCGCAUAAAGUAAAAUGCUAUGAGGAACCUGCGUAUUUCAAAGAGUCAGAUUCUGUAUUCCAAAUUAAUCGAAAAUUACAGAAGUUGCAAGAACCAAAAUGUCCACCAUAUUUAAUUGGUUUAUUACCACAUCAUGGAGAUUGCACGAAAUUUGUACAAUGUGCACACGGUGCAACUUAUAUUAUGAGUUGUGGCCCUGGAACAGUUUUCAAUCCCACUAUUGGUACAUGUGAUUGGCCGCAUAAUGUAAAGGGUUGCGAAGAUAUUUUUAAAUCUGAUAAAAAAGUACCAUCUGCAUCUCCAAAUUUUAAUUUUGAGUAUGAUAGUGCGAAAUAUAUCGAAGCAAAGAAAAUUACAUGUCCUGCGGAUUUCAUCGGAUUAUUGCCUCAUCCGGAGACGUGUAAAAAAUUCCUUCAAUGUGCAAAUGGUGUUACUCACGUAAUGGACUGUGGUCCUGGAACAGCUUUCAAUCCUGUUACAACGGUUUGUGAUUGGCCACAUAACGUACCCAGCUGCAAAACAGGUAAAUUUGAUGAUAAGGUACACAGGAUGGAGGAUACUACUUGGAUUCCACUUGUUGCUUCUACUACAUCACGAUCAAAUCAAAAUCCAACAUUUAAAUCAACCUGGAAACCAUUUACGACAUCUUCAAGUCCAUCUUGGAUAUCAACAUGGACAACUCCAAGGCCGUUUUAUGAUCGUUCUGAACAUCAUGUUUAUGAUUACGAUCAUACACCUAGAGAAAGUCAAUAUCAAGAUUAUGGACCACAUCUAGAAUGGAAACCAAGUAAUGGAAAUUUGAGACAAUCCUUUGAUAACAAUUACGAGUUUCAAGACAGGCAAUGGAUGGAAAACCAUAGAAUUGAUCAAAAUCCACAACCAGUUUAUCAUUCCGAUCGUCCAGAAGGAUCGUGGUCAUACGAGCAUAGGAAUCAAAAUCAUCGUUAUGAUCAUAGAUAUUAUCCUCCUGGUUAUCAUCAUCAUCAUCAUCAUCACCAUCAUUAUCAUAAUUAUGGACCUACAUCAAAUCCGUCAGUAAAUCCAAAUUGGAACGUCGGUAAUCCUACUACUCUUAUUGGUGAUCAAAAAUAUGAUCAAGGAUACCAAGGAUAUACUCCAAAUGCAGAUAGUCAAAGGACCGAUCAUGAUUUGCAUCCGAUUAAGCAAGAUUAUAAUUGGACGAUGCCAGGAUUAUAUUAUCCUAGUUCUAAUUAUACUUUUCCAUUCGCUGAAAAUGUUUUGCUAAAUAAUAGUAAUAAUAAUAAAUUUACUAAAAAUUCAAAUCAGAAUAAAUCGCGACAAGAUAGAUUACUUCCUACUUGGAUAGGACAAGAAAAUACGACUUGGAAUCAAUCAAAUGGAUCUUUUGCUUUCAACCCGAGUACAUGGCAUGAUCAACAGAAAGUACAGAUGGAAAUUCAAACACGUUCGUGGGAUCAAGGUAUGGCCAGUCAAGAUGAUAAAUUGCAACAGCAAUUUGGCAAAAAUAUAUAUCAACAAAGCACAGUUGAUAAAGAAACAAAUGCAAACACCGCACAGUGGGCAUUAAAAACAAAUGUCUUGUCAAAUUCAAAGAAUCAAAUAAAUUUAGAAUCUACGAAUACAACUGAACAUCCGAGAUCAAACUUUUAUCCAAAUGGAAUAUAUGUCAAUGCAAAUGGCAUAAAAGGUCAUUACAUCACAAAAGAAAUUGAGGACAAUCAAAAGCAUUCAAAGAGCCAUCAAUCACAUAGUACUCAAAACCCUAUCAACUGGAACAACAUUUUUAAUAAUUCUGAAAAUAAUUAUACUUUGUUUACGACAACGCUGAUGACAACAACAGAGAAAAUUUCCAAUAAACAACUUGAGUUGUCAAGAAGAGGACGGGAGUUUGAAAAUACUGCGAAAGAAAAAGAGUUGCAUAAUUCUGAUAACAUAAAUGAUUUUAAUUUAUCCAGUGCAUCAAUUGAAUAUGAAGAUGAUUACUGGAGUGGUAACGAUACGAAAACAAGUAAUGUAAAUUUAAGACCUCCAAAUAUUAUAGAACCUGAAAUAAGUGAUUACAAUGUGGAUGUAUUAGACAAAAAUAUCUGGAAGCCUAGAUUAGUUUUCGAAAAUAAGACCAAGACAACGACGGCUUCAUCGGUCAUUAUGAAAAUCGGUCCGAAAAAUACCGAUAUUGAACUUUUUAAUAUAGAAACAGCCCCAUUUCAAGAAGAAGAGCCGUCAUUCCCAGUUUAUUACGUGCCGCCAGUGCAUCCAUUAACUCAUUCAAAAAAGUCCGUUCGACUAACGCCUAUAUCUGGUCAGAUUAUUCGUUUGAGAGGUGGUUCUGAGCCAAGCAAUGGUUAUGUUGAGAUACAAGGUGAACUGCCUGGUUGGGGUAUUGUAUGCGAUUCUAGAAAUAGUUGGACUUUAAAAGAAGCUCAUAUUUUAUGUAGACAACUCGGAUAUAGCAGAGGCGCAGAAAUGGCUUGGCAAGGCAGAAACAAUCAUAAUAAUAUGCCAACUUGGAUCGCUGCAAAUACUGUAACAUGUCUCGGCAAUGAAACCAGAUUUCAAUCAUGCAAAUUCACACAUAAUCAAGAGUGCCAUAUAGAUAGAGAUGCAAUUGGUGUGCGAUGUAUUCCUAAUCGUAUCGCACAUUGUUACAAGGACGAAAUACCUCAUAAUGGUCAAUGCUAUUACUUAGCUGAUCCUGAUAGUGGAUUUAAUCACGCUGAAGCAUUGGAAUAUUGCAAACGAAGGAAUGCACGACUCAUUGACAUUACUAAUCAGGCGGAAAAUAACUUUGUUUCGGAAUGGCUAUUGCAAUCGUAUCCGGAAGUUAGCUCAAUUAUGACUUCUGGCUUCGGUUUUACUAGCAUGGGUCGCACCUUAUGGAUCUGGGCGAAUUCUGCUCAUGCCAAAUUUAAAUUUACAAAGUGGUGGCCUGGGUGGAUGAACGAUACGAAACAAUCACCAUGGGUAGGAUCUCGUCCUCUUUGUAUUGUGAUGAAGAGGAAAUUUUCGUGUCAUGAACGAUCUGAAUUGAUUUGUGACACAGAUUACUUCUUCUGGGACACUGAAGACUGUGCAACUACUUCCAAAGGACAUUCUUUUAUUUGCAAAAGGCCUUAUGAUGAUAUUGGUUGCGUUUAUGGGAAAGGAAAUCAAUACACUGGAAAAGCUAAUGUAACAAUAUCAGGAAAUGAAUGUCUUUCGUGGGCCGAUAAAAGAAUAGUACAUCAAUUACGUAUAAAUGUUGUUAAUAAAGAAAUUCGAGACAAACUGGAAAUGCAUAACUAUUGCAGAAAUCCUAAUCCAAUAAAAGAAUCGAGACCGUGGUGCUUUACAGGAACCGGAAAGCGUGAAUAUUGCGAUAUUCCUGCCUGUGGAAAUAUUGAUUCAAAACGAUCUAUGUUGACUGGUCAAUGCAAACCUAAACAUUUUGAAUGUACGCCAGGAGAGUGCAUUCCAUCUCCAUGGGUUUGUGAUGGAGAGGAGGAUUGUACAAAUGGGGCUGACGAAAGAAAAUGUGUAUUGGAUCUGAAUCUCUUUGAAAAAUCUACAAAACAUAAACUUGAAGGCUAUGAUGUCGAAAAAUGGUUAAAUACACCUUUAAAAACCUGUGCAUUAAGAUGCAAAGAAGCUGAUUUUAUUUGUCGCUCAUUUAACCAUAAAUUGAAUGGUAACGUGUGUUUAUUGAGUAAUAGUAACAUCGGCUUGACUGGUGCACUCAAACCUGACAAAGAGUUCGAUUAUUACGAAAUGAGAGAGAGAAGCAUGAACUGUGAUGGCAUGUAUAUUUGCAAUAAUCGCAAGUGUAUAAAUCAAACAAAAGUCUGCGACGGCAAAAAUGAUUGCAACGAUCGCAGCGAUGAGAAUAUCUGCACAGCUGAAAAUUUUGAUUACGGUAUUCGCUUGGCUGGUGCAAAUAAAAGUUAUGAAGGUCGAAUAGAAGUCAAAAUUCUAGGACAUUGGGGCCAGGUAUGUGACGACGGCUUUGGUAUGAUCAAUGCUGGUGUUAUUUGCAAAGAGCUUGGAUUCGAUCUUGGAGCUUUGGAAGUUAGACCGGGUGGAUUUUACGGAAAUCUCGAUCCACCCACGAGAUUUAUGGUAGAUCAAUUGAAAUGUCGUGGAAAUGAAACUACAUUACGUGAAUGCGAUUUUAACGGAUGGGGAGUUCAUAAUUGUCAACCGGAAGAGGCUGUUGGAAUCGUAUGUAAGACCGCAGUCAAUACUUGUCAGGAAGGUUAUUGGAAAUGUAAGAAUAGUCCAACUUGCAUACCGACUCCUUUCAUUUGCGACGAAGUGGUCGAUUGUCCAGAUCAGUCCGAUGAAAGUUCAGAAUAUUGCGAUGCACCAUUUGAGUUGCGCUUGGCGAAUGGUAGCAAUUCUCUGCAAGGAAGAGUAGAAGUGCGUCAUCAUGGCGUGUGGGGUACCGUGUGCGAUGAUGACUUUACAAAUGCUACAGCAGUAGUCAUUUGUAGAUCUUUAGGAUACGGUGGUAUCGCAAUAGCUAAGAAAAACGGUUUCUUUGGACCUGGCCAAGGACCAAUAUGGCUCGAUGAGGUUUUCUGUCAUGGAAAUGAAUCGCAAUUAUAUCGAUGUGAGCAUAAUCACUGGGGUCAACAUAAUUGCGAUCAUAAUGAGGACGCAGGUGUAAUUUGUUCACCUGGAGAUGUUAACGAUGCCGAACAGUCAUACUGGAUAAACAGCCAAGAACAUUCGGAACAAAACAUUAACGAGCUGCUUCCAUCAAAUUGUGGCCAACGUGCCAAAGAUUUCGAUAGCGAUGAAGAUUUAAUAUUUCAGAAAGUAGUACAUGGCUCCAUUGCACCAAAAGGCACUUAUCCUUGGCAGGCUAGUAUUCGAGUUCGAGGGCACAGUCGAUCAAAUCAUUGGUGCGGUGCUGUUAUUAUAUCGCCUCUACACGUGCUAACAGCAGCACAUUGUCUAGAAGGUUACAACAAAGGCACAUAUUUUGUUCGUGCGGGUGAUUAUAAUACGGAUAUUCACGAAGGAACGGAAAUAGAAGCCAACAUCGAAGAUUAUUACGUACACGAGGAAUUUCGUAAAGGCCACAGAAUGAACAAUGAUAUCGCUUUGGUUUUACUUAAAGGUCUCGGCAUCCCGCUUGGCAAAGAUAUCAUGCCAAUUUGCUUGCCGGCUGAGAAUGCCGAAUAUCCGCCUGGACUGAAUUGCACGAUUAGUGGAUUCGGCAGUAUUGAAACGGGCAAGACGACGCAAUCGAAAAAUUUACGAUAUGGCUGGGUGCCUUUAUUGGAUCAAUCAAUUUGCCGAGCUAGUUAUGUUUAUGGUGAAGGUGCCAUAAGUGAUGGAAUGAUGUGUGCUGGAUAUCUUGAUGAAGGUAUCGAUACAUGCGAUGGCGAUUCCGGAGGUCCUUUAGCAUGUUAUCACAAUGGAGCUUUCAAUUUGUACGGGAUUACUAGUUGGGGUCAGCAUUGCGGUAAAGCAAACAGACCUGGAGUUUACGUUCGUAUAGCAUAUUAUCGUCGCUGGAUUGAUAAAAAAAUUAGGGAAUCGCUAGUAGGUAGAUAAAAUGUCGAAAUUAUAAAAUUUGCAAUCACACACACAUAAACAUUUUUGUGCA